AGUCCCGCCGCCCGCCGCGUCCGCCCAGCGCCAGCUCCGCGUCCCGACCCGCUCGCGGCUGCCCGCUCCGCUGCCAUGGCCACCUCCCCGCAGAAGUCGCCCUCUGUCCCCAAGUCCCCCACUCCCAAGUCGCCCCCGUCCAGGAAGAAAGAUGACUCCUUCUUGGGGAAACUCGGAGGGACUCUGGCCCGGAGAAAGAAAGCCAAGGAGGUUUCAGAGCUUCAGGAGGAAGGCAUGAAUGCCAUCAACCUGCCCCUCAGCCCAAUUCCCUUCGAGCUGGACCCUGAGGACACAAUGCUGGAGGAGAAUGAAGUUCGAACGAUGGUGGACCCAAACUCACGUAGUGACCCCAAACUGCAAGAACUGAUGAAGGUAUUAAUUGACUGGAUUAAUGAUGUGCUGGUUGGAGAAAGAAUCAUUGUGAAAGACUUGGCUGAGGAUUUAUAUGAUGGACAAGUCCUGCAGAAGCUGUUUGAGAAACUUGAGAGUGAGAAAUUGAACGUUGCUGAGGUCACCCAGUCAGAGAUUGCUCAGAAGCAAAAACUGCAGACUGUCCUGGAGAAGAUCAAUGAAACCCUGAAACUGCCUCCCAGGAGCAUCAAGUGGAAUGUGGACUCUGUUCAUGCCAAGAGCCUGGUAGCCAUCUUGCAUCUGCUAGUUGCUCUGUCCCAGUAUUUCCGAGCACCAAUCCGACUCCCAGACCAUGUUUCCAUCCAAGUGGUUGUGGUCCAGAAAAGAGAAGGAAUCCUCCAGUCUCGGCAAAUCCAAGAGGAAAUAACUGGUAACACAGAGGCUCUUUCUGGAAGGCAUGAACGUGACGCCUUUGACACGUUGUUUGACCAUGCACCAGACAAGCUCAACGUGGUGAAAAAGACACUCAUCACUUUCGUGAACAAGCACCUGAAUAAACUGAACCUGGAAGUCACAGAACUGGAAACCCAGUUUGCAGAUGGAGUGUAUCUGGUGCUGCUCAUGGGGCUCCUGGAGGGCUACUUUGUGCCUCUGCACAGCUUCUUCCUGACCCCAGACAGCUUUGAACAGAAGGUCUUGAAUGUCACCUUUGCCUUUGAGCUCAUGCAAGAUGGAGGGUUAGAAAAGCCAAAACCACGGCCAGAAGACAUCGUCAACUGUGACCUGAAGUCCACGCUGCGAGUGCUGUACAACCUCUUCACCAAGUACCGGAAUGUGGAGUAAGGGCCCACCCUGGGCUCCCCGCUGCCCAGAAGUUCUUGUUAUGGGCAGACUGGACCAUCCUUCAAACCGCCUUAACCUGGUUAUUCCCAUCUCCUGCUCUGUGCUCUCCCACAAGUCCAGCUACAACCCGGUGAUACUGGGAAUUGAAAUUAGAAGGAAAUAACUCACUGGGCUGCCCAGAUAUCCCGGGGACUGACCCACCAGUGACCCGGGAAGGUUGUCCCCUUCCUGGUCCACAUUUCACUCAUUAUGGUUUGAGAACCAGCUUAGGUCAAAGAGAUGCCAGAAGAUGAAAAUAAAGAUAAUAGUUACCAUU